AUGUUUGCCCGGCAGUGCUUUGUUUGGAUACUUCUGGAAGGAACCUUUUGUUUGUUGGUUCUUGGGCAACAUCAUGCCAAUUUCACCUUCAGCAAGAGAGCAUCACCUGAACUCAACACAGACCAAGACCCUUCUUCACAUGAAAACUGGGCACUCCAAACUAGAAGUCUGUUUCAGAACACCAAACUACCCAUCAGUCCUUUUAUUCCUCUUUCAAAGCAGGGACUUCUGGAAAUACAGUCACACUCCAACCCGUCCUUAAAGAUAAAGCUUCGACCCAUUAUGAAAGUCCACGGAACUUCUAAAUUCUCCAGGAUGUUCAGUUGGGGGGACUUUUACUCAAACAUCAAAACCGUCAAACUGAAUUUGCUGAUAAUGGGCAAGAUCGUGGAUCACGGGAACGGCUCUCUUGGAGUCUACUUCCACCACAACUCCACAGGUGUGGGCAACGUGUCGGUCAGCCUCGUCCCACCGAUAAAAGAGGUGGAGUUCGAUCUGGAGCGCCAAAGCGUGGUCAACCCAAAAGACUCAAAGACGUUCAACUGCAGGGUGGACUAUGAGAAGACUGAACGCACCAAAAAGGUGAUGCUGUGUAACUAUGACCCGUCCAAGACGUGUGCUCAGGAGCAGACCCAGAGCCACGUCAGCUGGAUGUGCUCCAAACCCUUCCAGGUCAUCUGCAUCUACGUGUCUUUCUACAGCACAGACUACAGACUGGUUCAAAAAGUGUGUCCAGACUACAGCUACCAGAAUCCAGCAGCCUACCCACCCACGGGUUAA